AACGUGUUCUUCGGCUCCAGAUGUAAGCUCCAGGCGCCGAGGAAGACAGCCCUCCACUUUCUCCGUCCAUCCACCAACCAAAUGGAAUGACCCUAUAAAACCCGAAGUUUCGGAGCUGCCGGGUACUCCGCUACGAAACGUACCGCUGCUCUUCCUUUCCCCCCUCCCCCUUUCCCCUUCCCCCUUCCCUUCCUCCUCGAAGAUGCUAAUGGCAGUGAAAUCGCUGGUCUCCUCCACUCCUUUGCUUCAAAUUCCCCGCCACUCCGUCCCCCGAUCCCUACGCUGUCGAUCUCUUCUCUCUCCAAAGUCUUUGAAACUCGGGCUCUCGAGCGAUGCGCCGAGGCCUCUUGCUGUACGCGCUCGCGCCGCUAGCUCGAGCUCCGACGGGCCUGCUUCGAAGGGCUCAGUGGAGAUAGCGGAUGGAGCUGCCGUGUCGUCGAUCUCGUCUUCUUCUGCUUCCUCCGCCAUCGAUUUCCUCACGCUGUGCCAUCGCCUCAAGACUACAAAGAGAAAGGGAUGGAUCAACCAUGGUAUAAAAGGUCCUGAGUCGAUUGCUGAUCACAUGUACCGCAUGGCGUUGAUGGCUUUGAUUGCUGGUGACCUUCCUGGUGUAAACAGGGAAAGGUCUAUUAAGAUUGCAAUUGUGCACGAUAUUGCUGAAGCUAUUGUUGGUGAUAUCACACCGUCUGAUGGUGUGCCUAAAGCAGAAAAGAGUAGGCGCGAACAGAAAGCUUUAAAUGAAAUGUGUGAAAUCCUUGGUGGAGGAUUGAGGGCUGAUGAGAUAAAGGAACUUUGGGCAGAGUAUGAGAACAAUUCAUCCAUUGAAGCAAGACUUGUGAAGGAUUUUGAUAAAGUGGAAAUGAUUCUCCAGGCUUUGGAAUAUGAAAUGGAACAUGGAAAGGUCUUGGAUGAGUUCUUUCUUUCCACGGCAGGUAAUUACCUGUGUAGUGAAAAUGGUCAUCCUGAAGGCAAAUUUCAAACAGAUGUUGGGAAGAGUUGGGCAGCUGAAGUGACACUGAGGAGAAAUAAGAGGCUAGGAAGACAGGCUAAUUCCUCAAGCACAGUUGAUUGUCAAGAAAACUAAGGUUCCAAGCCUUGCAUUCUGGUAGCUCAUCUACCAGACAAUAAUUAUACGGUCCAUUGGUCGUUUAGCAAACUCCAAGCUGUAUGUGGCCAACCCAGACGCCCCUCACGCCAGACUGCUGAAAGGACGUUGUUUUCUUUGUGAAAAUCGAAACUUAUACCAAGCACGGGAGCCAGUGACAGGGAGGACAUCUUGAUAUGGCUUUGGCAGUUUUUUUUUCGUUUCUCAACUGAUCAUCAGUUUAGGCGUAUUAAGUGCCGUAACAAUAGUAUAUACACAACAUGCGAUGUAAACCAUGACUGCCGCUGGGCAGUGGUAGCAAAAUGAAGCACCAAUAUAAUUUCUUUGAUAUACUCUCGUCA